AUGUCCACCACAUCAUCAUCAGCUCCACCCUCAGAUAUCGUUGAAGGAUUCGUUCCACUACCGUGUAACCCUUGGGUUGACGACGACGAAGAUUCCGACUUCACUAUAGGAGAAUACUCCUUCAACGCCUCGCCUACUCCGCGACCCUUCAUUCCCGGCUACGCCGCUCAUAUUCCUCUCCCGACAUCACCAGCCACGACGUCACCUACGCACGCGACCGCUCGAAAUCUACAAGAAGAACUCGACAACGCGUCUAUCUCUACCUACAACAUGUCGGACUAUCGCUCCCCGUCAGCCGAGCCUAUUCAGGUCAACGACCACAUGGAGCUUACACUCUACUCGCCUCAGGACUUUGAAGCCAUUAUGAGCGACCCCACCGAUAUCCAGCCUUUGCCUGGUGCUAUUCAUGAUCCAGCACCCUGGAUCGUCGAACUCCAUCGCCGUAUGAGCGAGACCUAUGAGGGUGUACGACAACUUGCUCAACAGCAGCACAAAGACCGCAUUGACGGCCAAGAGCUCGCACGCCUUAAGCAGCAGUACGAGCAUAUCCGCGUACAAUACACUAUUUGCGCCAAUAUGGUCAAGCUCGGGGUCCAAGUUUCAGACCAGCAGAUCCAGCACUUCCGGCAGCAAGUCGAAAACGCCAGUGCUACCUUCGCGGACGAGAUCUGGGGAGCUAUCGCGGUCAUUACCCAAGAUGAGCGCCAGCGGCAGCAGGCUAUUGAGCAACUUCGGGAAUCUGCUAAACGUCAUCAAGCGGCUCUAUUAACCCUCGAGAAGGAGAUUACGUACCAGAAGAAGUUCAAUAAGCAGGUCGAGAUCUGGGCCCUCCAACGCGACCAACACAUCGAUGGACUUCUGGCAAAGAAAUUCGUUGACCCCUCUACACUGGAUGAACACGGCCGAACCGUUAUAGAGCAGGUUAAAAAACUGACGGAAGAAGCCCUAGAGGAGUUCCGCACGCAGCUAAAGCAGAACCCCGAUGCCGACAUCGACUCCGUUUGGCGUAGCCUUAGUCAACGAGCAUCUACGCGACCAUCGCAACCGUCGGUAGCAGUACCAUCGAAGGUAUCAUCCUCAACUCGGCGUGUGCGAGAGCGCUUGACCACCCAGGCACUACAAGAUGCCCAGGCACGCCGUACAGCUCGACAAGCCAAUAUCCAGUUCGAGUCCUCUCGAGCCGGUCCCAUGUACAUGACGCCCACACCCAACGGUGGCGGAGGAGGAAGCCUCCCCCCACGACGAUUCGUCGCUACUAACGGGGAACCACCUUCGGACCCUGACGACUCGGACUUAGAUGACUCCCACGAGGAUCACCAGGAGAGGCGACCACCCGCGGACGGAGCCGGAGGAGGACCACCUAGGGGACCUCCAGCCUCACGCAACCGCCCUCGAUCACCCAGUCCCUCGGGCCGAGAUGACCUCACUCGACUCAUUCGUCAAUUUUCUCAGGCACCAGUCCAAGUCAAUCCGGUGCAUAUGGCAAAGCCCCUAGCCUACGAUGGCAGAGAUCUCUCUAAAUUCAGGUCUUGGUGGCUCAAGGUGGAAGCAUAUAUGGAUUCCUACCCCACAGGGUUCCCCACCGACCAGGUCAGGAUUAACUGGGUUGGAUCUCUGCUCACCGACAAAGCCCAGGUAUGGCACCAACAGCGAGUCAGCCAAGUGCGAAGGCUAGGCUUGGUGGACGUCUGGAGCAAUUACACCACCGCCAUCCAAGAACGCUUUCGGGAUACAGCCGAGAGGUACCGUAACGCCCGCAAGAUGCAAGAGCUCCGGUACCAAGGAGAUAUCUCGCAGUAUUUGACCGAGCUUAUGGACCUCAACGAGGUAGUCCAGUGGUCAGGAACCACGUUCCAGAGCCAUAUCUCGAAGGCACUUCCGGACGAGAUCACCAAACUGAUCUACUCAAGACAGGGAGGCGUCCCGGAGACAGACGAGGACUUCCUCCACGCCAUCCAGGAAGCUGGCCACAUCUACGAGAAUAUGCUCACCAACCCUGGCAUCUCAGUUGGCCACCGGGCGGGAAAAGACACGCCCACUUCGAUCUCGGAGCGCUCGAAGUCGGGCCCUCCCCACCAAAGUCGCUCCCAACAAACGUCAAAUCCAUCCUUAAGAAGCAGCAAGGCACCCUUCAAGGCUCCAAGCGGCAGACCCGAUCCAAAGGACAUUAAGUGGGCAACCGUGAAAGAGGCACUAGCGGGAAUCUCCCAAGAUAACGUCGACAGACAUAAAAAGGAUGGGUCUACAUGCUGGCGAUGUGGCCGCAACAAUCAUCACACCCUUGCCUGCUUCGCCAGAAAGGAUGUCUCCGGUAACGACCUUCCCGCGGCUCCUCCCAAGGUAGCCGGGGUCAAGCGGAAGGCCGAGGAGAAAGAGAAAGAAAACGAAUUAGCACCUCCAAAGAAAGUACGAAUCGACGCUAUUGGGGUACACAUUGACGAUGAUGAACCACCGGUCUUCGAAGUACUUGACGACGACAUGUCUGGCACUGAGACGGGGUUUUCACUAGGCCGCCUGACCACGCCGACAGGAUGUAAUCGGCCUACUGGCGUCACCGUUGCAGGAGUCAAGCGCCCUCGCGAAGAGGAUGAAGAUGAACAACCACGACACCGGCCUAAGGUGGGGACCAGGCCUAUCGUCAGCAUGAGCAUCAUCGAAGGUACCAACGCGCGCCCUCGGGAACACCCGGUACGCGUUCUCUUGGAUCCUAGCAGUGCCGUUCCCGUCUUAUCGGAGGAUGUGGCUACCCGCCUCGCGAUCAAGACCUUCCGUCACCCUCCUGGGUUCUACCUUCAAUCCUUUACUGGAGAAGGAGAUGCCAGUAAGGAAGCAUUGUACACCGACACCGUGGUGCUUAGGCACUCAGAAGACCACUUCACCAAGUUGCAAUUCGAAGUCAGUAAGCUCGACGCAGAAUGCGAUAUCAUCCUACCACACUGGUGGCUCCAAGAACACCAACCAGCUGGCUUCUACGACCAAGACCCCACGAAGAUUGUAUUUACCUCUCCCACAUGCCGCGAACGAUGCACUAGCCUAUCGGUACUUGGGAAGGCUGGUAGGAUCAUUUCCAGCGUCAAGGACGAUCGAAGCUCUAUUCCCGAACGCUUCCGGAAUCUGGCACCAUUAGUCCCUCAUGAUAUAUCCAAAAGGCUACCUGAUCAUAAGCCCUGGGACCACACGAUCGACCUGAUGGAUGGCAAGACACCACCAUGGGGGCCUAUCUACUCCCUCAGCGGCAAAGAGCUUAAGUUCCUGCGCGUAUGGCUGGAUGAGAUGCUGGCCGAAGGCAAGAUCAGGCCUUCCAAGUCCCCUUGCAGCGCUCCACUCUUUAUGGUGGAUAAAGACGCCUCCAUCGAGAAGAAGGGAACGCAUGAAGACGACCUUCGACCAGUGGUGGAUUGGAGAGCACUCAAUGGCAUCACCAUCCCCAACAGGUAUCCUCUACCACUCAUAAAUGAGCUACAAGAUCGUCUUGCCGGAGCUAAGUACUUCACCAAGAUCGAUCUUAAGAGUGGAUUCAACCUCGUACGAAUCAAGGAGGGAGAUGAGUGGAAGACAGCCUUCCGCUGCCGCUACGGUCUCUUCGAGUUCACGGUCAUGCAUUUUGGGCUAAUCAAUGCCCCAGCCACCUUCCAAGCCAUGGUCCAUGGAGUCCUCAGUGACCUGAUCGACAUGGGGGUACUGGCGUACGUUGAUGAUAUCCUUAUAUACGCCGAGACCAUGGAGGAGCACGACCGGCUUACGAAAGAAGUAUUGCGGCGGUUGAAAGAGAAUAACCUCACCAUCUCAGCAAAGAAGUGUGUGUGGGCUACAAGGCAGGUUGAGUACCUUGGGUAUAUCAUCUCUGAGCAUGGGAUCUUUAUGUCUAAGGAGAAGGUAGACUGCAUCUUGAACUGGGAGAGACCUACCACACUUAAGGCCACCCAAUCCUUCAUCGGCUUCGCCAACUUCUAUCGACGCUUUAUUAAGGGGUUCUCUGCUAUUGCCCAAGCUCUCACGGCAUCCCUGAAGCUCGACGUACGUCAGUGGAAGUGGAUACAAGCCAUGGAAAUAGCAUUUAACAGGCUCAAGGAGGCCUUCACCACUGCUCCCAUCCUCGCUCACUUCGACCCAGCAAAGCUGGCGGUCCUGGAGACGGAUGCGUCUGACUUCGCCCUGGGUGGAGUGAUGUCCCAGAAGGGGGACGAUGGCAAGCUCCACCCGGUUGCUUUCCACUCCAGAAAGCUCACCAAACCAGAGAUGAACUAUGAAGUACACGACAAAGAGCUACUGGCUAUAGUCGACUGCUUUGUAAGAUGGCGGAGAUACCUCGAGGGGGCAGAGCAUCGCAUCGAAGUGUACUCCGAUCAUCAGAACCUGGCAUACUUCACCACAGCGAAGGUCUUAAAUAGACGCCAGGCAAGGUGGGCGCAAGAGCUCGCCGCCUACAACUUCAUUAUCAUGUAUCGGCCUGGACGACUUAACGGCAAGGCCGACGUGCUCUCAAGAUUCGACCAGUAUCGGCCUGAGAAGGGGGGAGAUGAGGACCAGCCGAUCACUUCGGUCCUAAAAAAUCACCACUUUUCACCGCCAAACGAAGGACCUUCUUUUCUGGUUUCUUCCGCGAGGCUCGCCAGUAUACCAGUCGCCCCGGCGUGGAACAACGACUUCCUCGCCCGGGUCAAGACAGCUGCUAGCAGAGAUACCGACUAUACCAAGGAUCUAGCAGUACCGCCUAAGAAUGAGCACGAGGACCACGGUCUACUGUACCACAACAACCUAUUAAGGAUCCCCAGCGACCCAGCACUGCGAAAAGAGAUCCUCGAAUCUAAGCACGACUCCGUCGUCGCAGGCCACCUGGGAAUGGACAGAACUAUCGACCUUAUACGGCGUAAUUUCUGGUGGCCAGGCAUGGAUCAAGACAUCCGCGAAUACGUACGUGGGUGCCGGGAGUGCCAACAGAACAAGAACCCCCGCCAUGGCACCUUCGGGUUGCUCCAACCAAUGGAGAUUCCGUGGAAGCCGUGGAGAGCGAUUUCCAUGGACUUUAUUACGGAUCUUCCAUUAUCCUCUGGGUACGACUCGAUCUGGGUCAUCGUGGACAUGUUCACGAAGAUAGUACACCUUAUUCCUCUACGUGUAGAAGCGAAGAAAACUGACGACCUAAUCCGGAUCUUCGCGCGCGAGUAUUGGCGGCUCCACGGCGUGCCAGCGGAUAUUAUCUCAGACCGCGAUUCACGCUUCACUGCUCACUUGUGGAAGGAUUUCCUGAAGCUCGUCGGUAUCAAGAGCCGUAUAAGCACGGCGUUCCAUCCACAAACAGACGGCCAAACGGAAAUCGUCAACCAAGAACUAGAGAUGUAUCUCCGCGCCUUUGUCAACUACGAGAUGGCUAACUGGAAUGAAUUACUUCCCAUGGCAGAAUUCGCGUACAAUAAUGCCCGUAAGGCACCAACAGGCAUGUCGCCUUUCUUCGCCAACUAUGGCUACCACCCUGCCUCCAACAACCCCUCGUCGAACACCACCGUUCAUAACCCCUCAAGCCGGCUAUACGCCCACUGGAUGACCCAAGUUCACAAGGAAGCGCAGAAUUCCCUGGAAGACACCCGCAAACGCAUGAAGCAGUGGGCAGAUCUAAAGAGAAAAGAAGCACCCUCGUUUGAACAGGAUCAACUGGUGAUGCUCAACGCCAGGUAUAUCAAGACUCGUCGACCCUCUAAGAAGCUGGACAAGAAGAUGUUAGGCCCGUUCAAAAUCCAGAAGGUAAUCUCGCCUACCGCUGUCCGACUGACUCUCCCCAAACACUGGCGAAUCCACAAUACCUUCCACGUCUCCCUCAUCGAGCCCUAUCGCGCUGGCGGACAGGCACUGCCUGAUCCAGACCAGGUCCUGCGAGAAGCUGAGCCGGUAGAGGCAGAAGACUAUCAAGUGGAAAAGGUGAUGGAUUCGACCACAAUGGGUGAAGAAGUCAAGUAUCUGGUCAAGUGGGAAGGUUGGCCUCAACGGAGACACUGGACGUGGGAGCCUUACGACCACUUCUACAGCGACGGAGCCAAGACGGCUUUACGAGCCUUUCACGCCCAGCACCCUGACAAACCGAAGGACUCACGUAUCGAGGCAUGA